AACUUAUAAAAUUAUAUUUUAACGAUCUUCUCCGCGAUUUAAUUUUCAGGAGCCACCACCUUCUAGAGCUUCAAAGACAACUUGGCCGAAUCUUGAAGUCUAGUGUAUUUUAUUUAUGAACAUAUUCUCAAGGGUUUGACACAAAUCUAGGGAGUACAUACAUGGAGAUUUCCAGGGAUAAUGAGUCGAUCACAAAUAGCGAAGUAGAAGAAAUUGAUAGAGAAUCCACUAAUAAUGAAAUCCAACAGAAUGAAAACCUUGUCCCUCGAGUGCGUCUCCCUGGCCUAGUCCGAAAGAAAGCCUACAUAUUUGAUGGUUACGGGAAUUACUACAACAAAGAAUGGGAUCUAGCAGAAGGUAUAGGCCAGGAGUUCUGUUGGUACCAUAUUGAGCUCCCAAGAAGCAACCAGAAACUAACUUCAUCUGCACAAUGGCUCAUCGACCUUCUCUGCCCUCCCUUGAAACUUCAAGACAUCUUAUCACUAGUGAGCAACGGACCCUUCUGUGGAUAUGUAGAUGGAGCACUGGUGUUUAGAGUUAAUUCUCCCGGUCCCCCUUCGAGCAACUUUACAUUCCGAUUGGCUGCUAGAGUUACCGAAAAUUCGGUUAUUACUGUAUCAUUAGGUCACAUUCCUAGGGUAGGAUUCUCACCGACGAGCCAAUCUCUGCUUUCGGAGAUUCCUAGUGUGGAAUCUCCUUACCGUAGAGGGAGGAACAGGACAGCUGCUGGACCUGUGAUUAAAGAACAUGUUCUUGAGUUCCUCUUGACGAUGAAUCACUCGGAGGAGGCUGAUAAUCCAGUUCCAAAAACAAUCUCAAAUCUUGUGGUUCAUAUUCUUGACACUCAUGUGGACCACCUUCAAGAUACUGUGACAAAAUUAGAGAUGGAGUUAGAAUCUGUGGAGCUUGACUUGGAUAAAGGCAGUUUUGCUUUGAAGAAACAAAUGCUAGAUGAUAGAAGGUUCCCAAAAAUGCACCUUAAUCUCCAACGGUUGCUUCAGGUGAUUGCACAUGGGGAACAGGUACUUCCCCGAGUGAAAGAGAAGUGCUCUUUGAGAGGGUGGUUUGCUUCUGAAGACAUUAAUGCCUUGGAAGAAUAUAUUGGGAGCCUGAGGAGGCUGAAAGAGAAUGUAGGGUUCAUAGCAAAUCGAGUAACUGCAAUUCAAGCAGGUCUUGAUAGUUGGCAAGCUGAGCAAAUCAAUAAGAAACUUUACUAUAUCUCUUUCCUUUCCAUUGUAUUCCUUCCAUUAUCAAUUAUCACUGGAGUCUUCGGCAUGAAUGUGGGAGGCGUUCCAUGGACGGGGCAAGAUGAUCCAGCACUUAAAGAUGGCUUCCAGAACGUCAUUCUUAUAUGCCUUAUGAUGUUGUUUCUCGUCUUGCUAUGCUUCCUUUUGCCAUGGGCUUACACUUCUUUGGCUUCUUGGAGGCGCAGAGUGGCCAUGAGAAGGAGCUGGUCAAUAAAUAGAAAAUCAUUUCUCAGGAGAACCAUCGGAAUGAAUCACAGAGGAGGUUAUCUACGUCUAUAAUUUUCGUUUAGUAUCAACCAAGUAACGGGAGGUUACCUAGCUAUGCAUGUAUGUUAACCAUUUAGGAAAUCUCUAGGUAGUGUGUGCCACAAACAUGCAUUGUUUGUUGCUAACAUUAAAUUUUCAUUUCAAUCCUAGAGGAUAUCCCACAUAUAUACUCCCAAUGGCUUGAACUAAGCUAACACUAUAGUGUUGGUAUUGGCAGUGGGCCUCCUAUUUGACACAAAAACUUUACACCAUGACCUUUUGAUAUUAAUGAAAGUUGGUUUUGGUGUCGAAAGACU